AUGAGUGAUGAUGGAGACAAGAACAGGGGUGAGGAGGGAGGGGGGAGGGGGAAGGAGAGAGGGUGGAGUGUCUCAGCAAGAGGACCAAACCUGGCGCCCCCUCAUGACCUGGCACCCCCUCCUGAUCUGGUGCCCCCUCCUGACCUGGCACCCCCUCCUGACCUGGUGCCCCCUCCUGACCUGCAACCCCCUCCUGACCUGGCGCCCCCUCCUGACCUGGCACCCCCUCCUGACCUGGUGCCCCCUCCUGACCUGGCACCCCCUCCUGACCUGGUGCCCCCUCCUGACCUGGCGCCCCCUCCUGACCUGGCGCCCCCUCCUGACCUGGUGCCCCCUCCUGACCUGCAACCCCCUCCUGACCUGGCACCCCCUCCUGACCUGGAAACCCCCUCCUGA